AUGGCGGCCGGUACCGGGGCCCUCGCACCCUUCCCCGGGCCCCCCUCGACCUCCCUGCAUGAAUUCCCUUAUCCCCCCCAAAGCAGAGCCCGCGUCGCACGAGGUUCCCCAGCCGGAGGGGUACCGCCGGCUAUCGAUUUGGUGCUGGGAGCGACGGCCGGUUGCUUGGCCUGCGUCCUCACCAACCCGUUGGAGGUGGUCAAGACGCGGCUACAGCUGCAGGGCGAAUUUGCAGAGCUCAAAGUCAAGACCCACCUCCAAGCCCAGACGCUGGCAGCUGUGGCCGUGGGCCACCAGCACAACCACGAGAGCAUCUCCAGCGCUUUCAAGAGCAUCUACAAGCAGCACGGGGUGGCGGGGCUGUGGCGGGGGGUGACGGGCGCCGUGCCCCGCGUGGCCGUGGGCUCGGCUGCGCAGCUCGCCACCUUCACCUCCGCCAAGGACUGGGUCUGCGAGCACCAGUGGUUCAGGGAGGGCAGCUGGGCUGCAGUGCUGGCGGGGGGCAUGGUGAGUGGUGUGGCCGUGGCGGUGACGAUGACACCCUUCGACGUGGUCAGCACCCGUCUCUACAACCAGCCGGUGGACGCCAACGGCACGGGCAAGCUCUACAGGGGUUUUUUGGAUUGCAUCCUGCAAAUCUCCAGCAAAGAGGGGCUGCUGGGCUUGUACAAGGGCAUUGGCGCCGUCUACCUCCGCCUCGGCCCCCACACCGUCCUCAGCCUCUUCUUUUGGGAUGAACUCAGGAAGAUGGUGCAGCACCAGCAGCCCCCGGGGCCAUAA